UGAAACAAAGUGAACUUUCUGUGUAAAAGUAUUUUUCACACUUCUUCUUAUAAACUCAUAGUUUCAUGUAAGUAAUCACAGUUGUCCUUUUUCAUUUCAUUACAAGAGCUUUGUGUCUUUUUGAAAAUAAAUUUUUAAAUGAAGAAAAACAUUGAUGUUGCUCCUCCAGCCUUUUUUUCUCUGCCAUUAUUUUGAAAUUGUUCAUGCUCGCUCAUUUUAAAAAUAUAUAAUUUCAUUAUGUUAUGUUCCUAUGUUCACCUCCCUAGCAUCUGGAAUCAACAGCCCAUGUUCAACUCACUGUGUAAAUUUGGAGAUUUCACAGUCGGUUAGUUCUCCAGUCUAUUAUUAUUAAUAGAGUCGAGAACUAAAACCUUUAGCAAAGUCAUGAGAGGCCAUGUGAAAUCUAUGUGAACACACAAUCUAAACUGAAAUGAUAUAUUUAAAUGUGCACUCUGUUUCUCUUACUGGCACCACCACACCUCACACCUGGUGUCUGUGAUGCACCGUUGCUCUUUGCAUUGUUUCACUUCUGUAUUUCGGUACCUUUGGGGACCUGGGUGUGACUCAAUGCUUCCGCUUGCUGCUAGCCCUGAUCACUCUGCCCCAUCAUGCUGCAACAGCUGUGCAACAGACCUCCAGCAAUUUCUCCACCUGACUUUAAGCCACCAGACACUGUAAAAGUACAACUCUGCCACCUAGCCUAAAUACAGAGAUGUUACACUUAGAAUUGAGACACCACAGUUGGUUACUUAACCAAUAUUUAAAAGUUGAACAGAUCAUCUAUCCAAACAUCACAUUACACCCUGUCUGGGAAGGUGAAUACGGGGCCUCACCAGUCAGACUCCUCUGCACCCUAAGAGGCUUCUUCCCAGACGGACUGAGUGUGGAGUGGAAGCAGGACAACCAGCCUCUAACUAUUGCCACAAUCACAACAAAGCUGCAGAGUGUGGAGGAAAAGACCUUCAGUCUAAGCAGUGAGAUUGAGCCAAAUAGGACUGUUUGGACAUAUGGCUCAAGUUUUACAUGCAAGGCCAUUUACAAGAAUCAGGAAUUUAUAAAAAAAAUAAGUAUUUGUCAAAUCCAUGGAAGUGCCCCUCCUUCCAUCCAAGUGGAGAUCCCCAGCUUUAAGACAGUAAUGACAGAAUCCACUAAGUCUGUGAACGCAACAUGUUUGGUUCCCACUGUUCUUGAUGCCAAGGUGACCUGGCUGAUGGAUGAGAAACCGGGUACAACAGCGAGCCAGGACAAAAACACAACUCAUAUAGUCAGUAAAGUGACGGUUUCAUUAAGUGAAUGGAAAAAACUCAAGUCUAUAACAUGUAAAGCUGAACAUAAGUGCUUCCCAUCCACUGAGAGGACUGUGAGUGUUGCAGGGCCUGCAGUUACAGCCCCGUUGGUUGAGAUUAGAAGAUCCCUCAAAGAUUUGCUGAAGAUGGACGGCGUAGAGCUGGAGUGUGAUGUCACACAACUCUCAUCACGUGACCUGUACGUCACCUUUCAGGCCGACAAUGUUGACAUCUCUGACAAACAGUAUGUUGAGCUUCCUGAAGGCCCAGGCCUCCAUUCAAUCAGCAGAAGCUUCUCUAUCCCUACACAUUACUGGAAGAAAGACAAAACCUUCAGCUGCAGAGUGAACCAAGGCUUCUCCGGCACCUUCAAGUCAAACUCCACUGGCAAUAUUUUUGUGGACCCAUCAAUGGAACUUCUUCUGGCCCCCAGUGAAGAAUCAGAACAACAGAGGCUCUUAUGCUCUGCAUGGGGCUUCAGUCCUCAAAUUAAAUGGUCUACUGAGUCUCAGCAAAGAUCUUCAUCAACUUAUGACAUCAGCAUGGGUGCAGAUGGACGUGUGGCAGUAACCAGUCAACUUCAUAUCCCUCGCACAGAGUGGAGCACAGGGAAGGUGUUCACUUGUGAAGUAACUGACAAGUCUCUGAAAACAAAUGUGAAAAAGGAGAUCAGCCUCUGCUCAGUUUAUUCAAGUGGCUCUCCUUUCAUCCACGUGGAGAUUCCCAGCUUUAAGACAGCAAUGAUGACAGAAUCCACGGAAUCCGUGAAAUCAACAUGUGUGGUCCGCACUGUUCUUGAUGCCAAGGUGACCUGGCUGAUGGAUGGGAAACCGGGUACAACAGCGAGCCAGGACAAAAACACAACUCAUAUAGUCAGUAAAGUGACGGUUUCAUUAAGUGAAUGGAAACAACUCAAGUCUAUAACAUGUAAAGCUGAACAUAAGUGCUUCCCAUCCACUGAGAGGACUGUGAGUGUUGCAGGGCCUGCAGUUACAGCCCCGUUGGUUGAGAUUAGAAGAUCCCUCAAAGAUUUGCUGAAGAUGGACGGCGUAGAGCUGGAGUGUGAUGUCACACAACUCUCAUCACGUGACCUGUACGUCACCUUUCAGGCCGACAAUGUUGACAUCUCUGACAAACAGUAUGUUGAGCUUCCAGAAGGCCCAGGCCUCCAUUCAAUCAGCAGAAGCUUCUCUAUCCCUACACAUUACUGGAAGAAAGACAAAACCUUCAGCUGCAAAGUGAACCAAGGCUUCUCCGGCACCUUCAAGUCAAACUCCACUGGCAAUAUUUUUGUGGACCCAUCAAUGGAACUUCUUCUGGCCCCCAGUGAAGAAUCAGAACAACAGAGGCUCUUAUGCUCUGCAUGGGGCUUCAGUCCUCAAAUUAAAUGGUCUACUGAGUCUCAGCAAAGAUCUUCAUCAACGUAUGACAUCAGCAUGGGUGCAGAUGGACGUGUGGCAGUAACCAGUCAACUUCAUAUCCCUCGCACAGAGUGGAGCACAGGGAAGGUGUUCACUUGUGAAGCAACUGACAAGUCUCUGAAAACAAAUGUAAAAAAGGAGAUCAGCCUCUGCUCAGUUUAUUCAAGUGGCUCUCCUUUCAUCCACGUGGAGAUUCCCAGCUUUAAGACAGUAAUGAUGACAGAAUCCACGGAAUCCGUGAAAUCAACAUGUGUGGUCCGCACUGUUCUUGAUGCCAAGGUGACCUGGCUGAUGGAUGGGAAACCGGGUACAACAGCGAGCCAGGACAAAAACACAACUCAUAUAGUCAGUAAAGUGACGGUUUCAUUAAGUGAAUGGAAACAACUCAAGUCUAUAACAUGUAAAGCUGAACAUAAGUGCUUACCAUCCACUGAGAGGACUGUGAGUGUUGCAGGGCCUGCAGUUACAGCCCCGUUGGUUGAGAUUAGAAGAUCCCUCAAAGAUUUGCUGAAGAUGGACGGCGCAGUGCUGGAGUGUGAUGUCACACAACUCUCAUCACGUGACCUGUACGUCACCUUUCAGGCCGACAAUGUUGACAUCUCUGACAAACAGUAUGUUGAGCUUCCUGAAGGCCCAGGCCUCCAUUCAAUCAGCAGAAGCUUCUCUAUCCCUACACAUUACUGGAAGAAAGACAAAACCUUCAGCUGCAGAGUGAACCAAGGCUUCUCCGGCACCUUCAAGUCAAACUCCACUGGCAAUAUUUUUGUGGACCCAUCAAUGGAACUUCUUCUGGCCCCCAGUGAAGAAUCAGAACAACAGAGGCUCUUAUGCUCUGCAUGGGGCUUCAGUCCUCAAAUUAAAUGGUCUACUGAGUCUCAGCAAAGAUCUUCAUCAACUUAUGACAUCAGCAUGGGUGCAGAUGAACGUGUGGCAGUAACCAGUCAACUUCAUAUCCCUCGCACAGAGUGGAGCACAGGGAAGGUGUUCACUUGUGAAGUAACUGACAAGUCUCUGAAAACAAAUGUGAAAAAGGACAUCAGCCUCUGCUCAGUAACUCCAGCAUCAUCUCAGAUGCUUGGCAUAUAUGUUCAGGGACCACCACUCCAGGAUCUUCAGAACAAGGGUCCGGUGACUAUUACCUGUCUUCUAGUUGGCCCUUCUCUUAAUGAUUUCUCUGUCACCUGGAAAGUAGAUGGGAAAAGUUAUUCCCUCAAUGUCCAUAAGGAGCCACCAGUGAGUCACAGCAAUGGGACGGAGACUUUGCGGAGUUCCCUCGAUGUGUUAGCGGAGGAUUGGCAUGCAUAUAAACAAGUGUCUUGCGAGGCAAAGCAUCGAUGUUCCAACCAGAGCUACGAGGACCAUAUAAGCAAAAGCAGAGUCACCCACAGCAAACCUUCAGCCAUCUUGCUCCAGGGCUCUGGUGAACUUGUGUGCCUGGUCUCCACGUUCAGCCCUGCGUCCACUAACAUCACUUGGUUACUCGAUGGCAAGGAAUUGUGGGACUACAACACCAGUGAACCCCACAGAGGCCCAAACGGAAAGUUCAGCAUCCAAAGCCACCUUCAUCUGUCCCAAGUCAUCUGGUUACGUGGGGCAGUCCUCACCUGCAUGGUGACACAUGCAAACACCACCCUAUUACUGAAUAAAUCGAAACCAGAUAUUUUGGAGGACUUUAAUUUCUUAGAUGACACCAUGCAUGCUGAAGUAAACCAAGACAACGAUGUGGAAAGCUGGUAUAUGGCUUUCACUUUUCUCGCUUGUUUCCUCAUCUCCAUUAUCUAUGGUGUCUUGGCUACCAUGAUUAAGACUAAGUGAUGAUGAUCAAAGGACAGAUCCCAUUUAAUGAUCCACAUGUGGACUUUUGAGGAUUGUUGAUGCCAGAUGGCCUUUCUAGUUUUAAAGUGUAAUAAAUUAAUUUCUGCUACUUAUUUCUUUUAUUAUGUUAUGAAACUGGUUUGUACUAUAUUCAUUUAUUUGAAUUGUCAUAUUGUUUCAUGUUUGUAGUGCAUGUGUGUAAGAGGAAAAAAGACAAAAAUAAAUAAUAUAAAUAAAUAAAUACAUGAAGCUUUCAA